CAUGUGUGUGUUUGAAGGGAGGGGGGUCUAAUUGGGUUGGGACCAGAUUGCUCAUUAAGAGUCCAUCCAAGCAAAAGUCCAUUGGUGUGUUUUCAGUGAUCCAACCAUCUGUUUUUACUCAGUUGUCCAACUGCAUUCUGAUUGUCCAAGACAAUCCUUUGUCUGCUGAAGGUGUUGAUGUGUACGUUUGGGCUUGCUGUGUCCGAAACACUUCCAGUGUCCCAAUUGUAUCACCUUUGACUAAUCCUGGCGGUCACAUGAUUAAAGCCAGAUGCUGAUUGGUUAGUCUUUGCAACUCAAAAGUCUGACACAGCUCAGCGUGGACAGUCUGAGUAACAGUAGGCAACGGACAAGAGAGUUUGAAAUAUCAGAGGGGAAUUGCUGUUGGAAGAUUCUUUGGAAUUUAUGGAAACUGGAGAGAAAUCAAACAAGAUGACAGAGUGACUGGGCAACAGGAAAGCAGAGAUGACCUAACCAAAGAUAUUGAGGAUGCAACAGCUGAAUGAAUGUGAAAUCUUUAACUAACAAAUAAAGCAAAAGGAGGACAUCUCCAACAGAGAACCAAAGCAACACAAACCAAAGGAGAAUAUACCAAACAGCUUAUACAAGAAAAUCUACAAAAAAUAUACCGCAGAGAAGCAACUGAAAAGGGAAAGAGAGAAAAUGAAGUUGGAGGCAUCUCUAGAGGACAUGAGCGAGUGGAGGGAGGUAGACUUUGCACUGAACUGCACCUACACCGUCCAAGACCAGGCAUCCGAACCCAGCUUCAGCCUUCCCAAAGCCAUGACCUCCAUUCCACGGAACCUCACCUUCCAGUACAGCGCUGACAACCAGGUGACUGGCGUUUUUAGCAAAGAGUACAUACCUCAAGGUACACGAUUCGGACCUCUUCAAGGAGUUAUUCACACCAAAGAAAAUGUGCCCCUUCAGACCAACAGGAAAUAUUUUUGGAGGAUCUACAGUGGUGGACACCUACACCACUUCAUUGAUGGCUACGAUGUCCACCGCAGCAACUGGAUGCGGUACGUCAACCCAGCACGAUCGCUGGCCGAACAGAACCUGGUGGCCUGUCAAAAUAACCAGGAGAUCUUCUUCUACACCAUCCAGCCCGUGGAGCCCAAGCAGGAGCUGUUGGUGUGGUACAGUCCGGAGUUCUCCCAGAGACUGUGCGGCCAGCAAGAGCAACCAGACAGUCUGAAGCCAAAGUACAUACCUGAUUUUGAGUAUCAGAAGCAGCCCCUACCUCUGUACACCUACUACCCUAAACAUCCCCAAAGCCCACACAAACUUCAAAGUGAGGGACAGGAAGAUGAAGUGGACGAAAAGAUCGAUGUAGAGGUUAUUGAGAGGGACACGCCACCUGACACACCGGAUGAACAGGUGGUGGAUUUCAGCAAAAAGAUCCACAAAGCUGCUUCGCCAGAGCCUGUCUAUUCUCCACAUCCCAACCAGAAAGAGAUGAACAUAAGAAUUCACCCAUAUCCCACCCUGUCCCCACCGCAAGACCUUCCACUCCACUUACACGGCCUCUAUGGUCAUCGAGAAGGUCUGAUCUCAUACCCUUCAUUGCCCUCACCUAGACCCCUGCAAGCUCCAUAUCCCUUAUUACCACCAUACAGUUCUCAUUAUUCACGUCUGCUGUUGCCUCCAUACUCCCCUCCCUUCCCUUCCAUGUUGCCCUCAAAAGGGGGUCUCCGGUACAACGGACUCCUGGGUAGUAAUGGCUUGCCCUACCCUUCCAUACCCCAACCAGGUCUGUUACCAGUUACACUGCCCUAUCCUGCCCCACUUCAUGGAGGUCUGAAGGAAAGAAUCCCAAAUACUCCACCCCGAGGAGCCCCUGCAACACCCGAACUCUCACCUCAGCCAAAGCAAUCCCCUCAGCAAAUGUUCCAGAAGCCUCUCUCUGAAUAUGAAGAAGCCAUCAACCUCAGCCUGGCUACACCCAAAAGCAUAUCACCUUCAUCCUCGUCCUCUCCACCAGCACCUGGGUACAAGUCUCUCCCGUACCCACUCAAGAAGCAGAAUGGCAAAAUCAAGUAUGAAUGCAACAUCUGUCUCAAGACCUUCAGUCAGCUGUCCAACCUCAAAGUGCACUUGAGGGUCCACAGUGGAGAGAGGCCAUUCCAGUGCAACUUGUGCAAAAAGAGUUUCACCCAACUAGCCCACCUACAGAAACAUCACUUGGUCCACACAGGCGAGAAACCACAUGAGUGCCAGGUGUGCCACAAACGCUUCAGCAGCACCAGCAACUUGAAAACCCACCUACGCCUGCACUCUGGGGAGAAGCCAUAUCAGUGUAAGCUGUGUGGGGUGAAGUUUACCCAGUACAUUCACCUCAAACUCCACCGUCGGCUGCACAGCUCCCGUGACCGACCCCACUCCUGCCAAGCCUGCACUAGGGGCUUCAUCCAUCGCUUCUCUCUGAACCUCCAUCAGCGCUCCAGCUUCUGCCCCGCUGCCCGUCCUGAAAUCCCAGAGCUGAGGCAAGCAGCAGAGAUGGUAGAGCGCUUUGAUGCCAGUCAGGAGGCUGAGGCACUGCCUGAGAGUGCUGGAGAGGCUCAGGUGGAUGCUGCCUUGGAAAAAUGGUUGGCUAUAAGUUUGGAGAGCGGUGAGGGGAAGGAGGAUGUUGGAUUCCUCAAGGCUUUUGCUGUAGUACCUCAUGGGGUAACCGCCAUGGGUCAUCACCAAGAGAGAGCCAGCGUGGUACACUUCAACCACCGGCCCUCUAUAAAGACUGAGGAGGAUUAGAUGAGGGAAAAUGUUGAAAGGAUGACAUAUAGCUUGUUCAGGUCUACCAGAAACCCAAAAAAUUGCUAUCUAUGCACAGAGUAUUCCCUAGUUGACACCAAAAAUCCUCUCUUCCCUAGUAGUUCGAGGGAUAAAUCAGAGAGAAGAUGCGUAAACCAAGUCAAUUAAAGCCGCACCAAACAAAUAGUGUUUCCAAAGACUUGAAGAUUAUGUCAAGUGAUUGCACUUCUACCCUCUGACCUGUUAUAGAAUGAAGAUGUGAUUAUAAUGUCCUCAUACUUCAGCUGGUUUUCAAACCCAUGUGAAAGUCUAUUUGUGUGAGUUUGUCUUAACUUAUUGUUGUUGUUGUUUUUUCUUAUUUGAGCACUGUAUCAAAUGUUUUAAUACUUGUUUAUAUGUGUCCUUCUCUUUUUUAUGUUUUUUUAACUUCUUUAAUUCUUAAAAAAAAAAUACUGGGAUUCUCAGGAAUAAUGUGUUAAUCCCACUAUGGACACUAUGUGACAGUCCCAAAAGGACUGGAUUUUCCCGUCCAUUCUAUUCAUUGUGGAUGCGAAUGUGUAUGUGUAUGAGUAUGUGUGUAUGAUUUUACCUGGUGUUAAAAAAUUCUGGAUUUAAUCCUUUAUGAAAAGCUAUAAAAAAUGUACUGUCAGCAUCUUUUCAAGAGAUGAUUCACUGUAGCUUGUAAUGAUAAUAUGGCAGAAGAAAAUGUUUGGUUUUUCAAGUCCUGAACCCCUUUGACAUUGGAAAGAGAACAUGCCUCAGUUUUAAUUUAAUAUUUAAAAUAAGAGAAAAAUUCUUUGUUUUCUUAGUUAUAUUGUUACUUGGUUGUGUCUACCAAUGUUUACUGUUGUCUCUUUAAUCCAAACAAGUAUUGUUAGCACUAUGAAAAUGAUCAAAUCAAUGUAGCUGGAACUGAAUUUGCCAAUCAUGAAGAUUGCAAUACUUUUUUAUAGACUACAGAACUACAGACACAACAGUACCUCAUACUAAAAAGUUAAAUGGUCAGGUUCAUAUUUUAUGCUUUUUUAAUUUAUUUGAUAUCAGCACAGGAAAAAGCAGGAACUAGAUCCAAGUGCAGGAUAUUUGAUUGUUAGCUACAGCCAGGUUUAGAAACAAGACGGUUCCAUUACUUAGUGACUUUUGUACAGUGACUUUGUGUUUCUUUUGUUAUCCUAGUUUAUUUUUUGACUCAGUCCAAAAGAUGUUGAUACUUUAUAUGUGAGAACCUAUUUUUGACAAACUUUUAUAAUGUAGCACAUUAAACAUUACUUGUC